AUCGAGCGCCGAUCGCAAAAAUAUUCACACUUUUGGAGGAAAUAGAGAAUUUUCAUUUGGAUGAAGAUGAAUCUCACUCUGUAACGAAACGAUGUUUGCAUGUAACCGAAAGUAUUAUCAAGCCGAAACAAAGUAUUAAACCUCUUUUUCCUGAGUAUGGUUGUCUUAUUCUAUCUCCUGCGUCAUUCUGGAAGAAAAAAUAUGCAGAAUUUUCAAAACGAUCAAAACAUUAUGUACACAGUACAUAAGUAUCAAGGAAAGACGCUGGAAACUUCACCGUCUGUAAAAGAGUUAUUAUUUGGAGUUCCAUCGAAAGAAAGUGGUGUCAAUAAUUUUAUAGUUAGAAAUAGGCAGAGAGCUGUCACUUAUGCAAUAACAUUGGUUCUAAAGACAUAUGAUCACAGAUUAAUAUCGGCACUAAGAAAGAAAAUUCGAUCAUUAUAUCCAAGCAAUAUUCCUCAUCACGGUGAAAAGAAAUGCAAAGAUGGGACAAAUUGUGAGAAUUCUUCUGACAGUGGUGGUGAAGGACCUCCUGUAAUCACUCACAUUCAUUUCAAACCACAAAUUGGAUUUAAUGAAUUGAUUCCACUUCUUUCUACCUAUUUUAUAAUGGGAUGCUACAUCUACUUCUCUGUCAGAAAGAUCAACUUCGUCAAGAGUAAGCUUGGAAUGGCAUUUUCUGCUGUUGUUAGCAUUAUGGCUUCACUCAUGAUGUCCGUUGGUUUAUGUUCGGUGUUUGGACUCACACCUACAUUAAAUGGAGGAGAAAUAUUUCCUUAUCUGAUUAUUGUAAUUGGACUUGAAAAUAUAUUGGUGAUCACUAAAUCUGUAGUUGCAACUCCGAUACAUCUUGAAGUUGACAAAAGAGUAGCUUUGGGAUUAAGUCGUGAGGGCUGUUCCAUCACAAAAAAUCUUCUGUUGGAACUUGUUUUAAUUGGCCUUGGAUAUUUCACAUAUGUUCCAGAGAUACAAGAAUUUUGUGCAUUUGCCGUAGUUGGAAUACUCAGCGAUUAUUUUAUGCACAUGAUAUUCUUCACAACUGUUCUUUCCAUUGAUAUAAGAAGACUCGAUAUCACAGAAGAUAUUUAUAGUCAACCAGAUGGAAGCGAAAGCGAAGAAGAAGCCUGUAAUCAACAACAAAGAACAGGAAGGGAAAAUGGAAGAAGUAGUUCUUGGCCGUUCACUGACCGAAGAUGCACCAGUGUGUCACCAACAAGAACGAAAAGAAAACGAUCAGUUCUCGAACACUUGAGAGCAUCUAGCAGACGAAGGCGGAAAGAUGGAACGGAUACAAUUCAUAAAGUUGAAACUGGAGGCAAAAGCGUCACAAUCUUGAAAAUUCCUAAAAGACUGAGAGUUCUUUUCUUCUGGGCUGACACACGGAUGGUACAACGUGGUCUGAUGGUGUUUAUGGUGAUUUGGUUUGGCCUUCUAAUAUAUGGUGAUCCUUUUGGAAAUAAAAGUACUGUUCCGGUCACACCAACGCCACCUCAGUACAGGACUGCAACACUUGCACCUAUACCAGUACCUACCAAGGAACCGUUUUCAAUUUUUCAGCAGGAGAAGAAAACUAGAAUACCAGAACCUGUUGAUGAUCAUGGGAAUUUACUUUGGUCACAAAAUGAUUUGUUACUCUAUCGAAGAUUGUCAUUCAGACAUUGGCCAACUCUAUUUGCGUAUUAUAAUUUAACCCUUGCAGGAAGAUUUGUCAGUAUUCUACCAUCUAUUCCACUCACUGUAACCAUACAUCCAGAUGACGCAGUAAAAUCAAGACAUACUUCGGAAAGCUCAAAACAAAAUGAAUUAUCUCAAGCAGACUCAUUUCAUGCUGACGAUAACAUGAGCCAACAGUUUCCUCCGUAUUCAUACACUGGUCGAUAUCCCAUGACUGGACUCGAUUAUUAUCUCACUUUGUUACUGGGAGCUGUAUCAGGAAUGAUGAUGGUAUUCUUAUUAACUGUUAUGUACCGAUGCAUUUGUACACGUAAUUAUGCCAACUGGAGAGUAAGAGGAAAAUUAAGAAGACAACGGGGAACAGCAAAGUAUACUAGCUCUAUCGGAGAAUCAAUGCCGCUAGUAUUGAGUGGACACCCACAGUUGGUAGAAUGUAUCACAUGUGAAGAUGGAUUACUGGCUUCUACAGAUCUGAGUGGUGAAUUGAGAGUUUGGGAUAUUCAUACUGGAGAUUGUACUUGUGUAAUACACAGGGUACAAACUCCAGUACCGAUACGAGACCCAGCGGAAGGAGCAAUUGAUGCCAAGCCUACACCUGUUGGUUAUCAAGAGAAAGAUAAACUGGUGUCCCCUUUCUAUGUUAACCCAUACCAACCACCUAGAGAUAUGCAAGACUUUGAGAUUGCAUCAUCAAUGCAAAAUUUUCCAAAGUUUUAUAUCGAACAUGGUGACAACCAGCCAAAAAAAGGCCACAGCAGACAGCGUUCGUGGCAUACAACACCUAAAUCCAAAAGAACUCAUCAUAGGAGUGGUUCUGGAGGAAAUAUCGUCAUUGAACCUAAAUAUGACAUGACAUCUCCUGAUCAUGCAUGGGCAUCACCUUUUACACCCGAUAUUAUAAACGUUCGGCCUUCCAUCCAAACUAAUUUUGCAAGUUUGGAAAAAGAAAAAUCUCAGUUAAGGAAAAGAACUGGACCAGCGAAUGAUGCUCCUUCUACAUCAGCAACAAGUUCUGAACUAAGUUCGCAGCAUUCAUCAAGAGGUCAUUUAGAACUGGGAGAGGGAGAUGGAAAUAGGUUGAAAAGAAAAUCUUCCGAUGCAACUGAUGGUUCUACUGGAUAUGAUUUCCAAGGAUUUGUGCAAGAUCAAUAUAUCGACAGAAUUACUGAAUCACUCAUGUUUGGUUCUUUCACUCCUCCCCCUCAAGUCCUCACCUCCGUUUUAUCUCACCCACCACUCUCGAUGAGUAAGUCAUUACCACCCCGUACUCGAUCAACCUCAACCCCAUCUCAAUACGUUCACCCUUACUCAACAAGUAUAAAUGUGACCCCUACUACAGCGACGAAAUCCUAUAAAGAGCCUAAAUCGCGAAAAAGUAGAAAUGAUUCGCUACUUAAUCAAAGGGAGAUCAGUGGUCGAUAUAGUUCACCAUCUCCACCUAAUUAUGUGAAUACCAGCACACAUCGAGGAUUAUUUAUGGAUGAAAACACAAGGAGAAUUUGGGGUUCAUGGGAGAGUGGUUUGGGUGUGGUUACCCCUAAAUCAGGAGGAGGAAGCUGGGGUAGUUCACCAGGCUCAACAUUAGAGAUGGAGAAUGGACCUACAGUAUGGUGCAUGGUCUGUGUUAAAAAUUUCAUUGUUACUGGAUGUGAGAAUGGAAGGAUUGAGAUUUGGGACGCAAAGUCUGAGAGAUUAAAAUGUGCUCAUGAUGUUGGUAAAGCAGGAGUCUGUGGACUAGUUGCAGAAGAUAAAAAACUCGUUGCAGCUCGUAUCAAUGGAAGUUUAGAUUUCUUCUCCAUGGAAGCUACUUUCUUCCAUAGCACCGCUCCUGUUCAGUAUAGAGGUCCUCCCAGAAUGAGAAAUGACUCGCAAUCAUUCCAAGAUAUUUCUUUCAGUGAUGUUCUCACUUUACAGUUGUUUCAUACAGUUAAAACUGCACAUCAGCAGCCUAUCACAGUUUUCAAGAUGGCAAUGGGAAGAGUACUUACUGGUAGCUGUGAUCACACACUCAAAUUAUUCACACUGCAAGAUGGUCGAUGUCUUUUUACCUUAUACGGACAUAAAGGCGCAAUAUCAGCACUGUAUAUGGAUCCUGGUCCUCCUGCAGGAGCAGCAAGUGGAUCGUCAGAUGGGACAAUCAGAUUGUGGGAUUUGCCAUCUGGAAGAUGUUUGCACAUGUUAGAUGAACAUAAAGGUGAAGUGACAUCCGUGCAAUGUUCAGACACUCAUAUCGUAUCUAUAGCACAGGAUGACAAAUUAUGCGUGUGGACAAGGACUGGUAUGCUGUUGCAUGUCAGAUGUCUGGACCCGGGCUGUUCUGGUGAUAUAUGUUUGCUGGGGAAUUCAUGGUGCGUCACUGGUGGAUUGGGAUGUGUGUUGCUCUGGGAUAUGAGAAAUGGAGAACUUGUGAGAAGAAUCCAACUUUCUGAUGAAUCUCGUGGUCUGAGUUCCAGAGUUUCGAAACUUGUUCUUGUUGACAAUCUUGCAGUAGCUUGUGACACAGGCAGGGAACUUCAAAUUGUAAGGUUUCCUUCCGUGCUAGAAAAAGUUGACUGAAGAAUAUGGAGAGUGUAUGUGGAUUCUGAAUAAAGAUAUGUCUUCACCAUUAUAUUGUUCUCAAGCUUCUUCAGCUGCCUUCUUAUAUAAUAUAUGCAACUUCAAUGAUUUACUUUCAUACUCUUUAUAGUAUUUAAUAUAGUGGAGUAUGGUUGGGUAAUGUGUUUUUGAUUGCUGUAUAUCAUACGUACAUGACAAUAACUUUGAAAUUUUUCAAUUAAUGGACAUAGCAAAACAACAAUUUAUAUUUAAUUUAGCUGAAAAUUUCAAAGUAAUUGGCAAUAACAAAUAUACUAAUUUGAUAAAAAUACACUUUUUUUAAAUAAGACCUACAAUUUACUUUGACAUAAUAAUUGAUAAUUUCUUAAGAUUUAAAUACGUCUCGUUAACAAAGGAAACCUAUUUUCUCUACAAGGAACUAAAUACACAUCUUCUAUUUUCAUGUUGUGUGUGUGUGCUUUCUAUGUGAUUUUUACGAGUUUUGACUGCACUGCUUAUUUAUUCUUUGUAAUGAAUUUAUCGGCUGUGUGAAAUUUAAUACGAUCCAAAAAGUUUGAAGAGCUGGUAAAUGAAAUAAAGUUGCAUUUGGCUAAAUUUAUUAUUAUUUGUUUUUUGUUGCCAAUACACAAGAUGUUCCUGGACUUUUAUUGAAUGUUUGAUACUUUGAAUAUUAUCUUUCAUUUUUUGCUUUCUUGUAUUUUUUGAAUGAAUAUUGCUUUUGGAAUUGAA